AUGGCUUUGCAACUCGCCAAAAUACUCGGUUGUGCAUUCUUACUGACGAUCAGCUGUGCGACAUUCAUUGGUGCAUUACAUGUGCCCUAUGACAAUCAGCUGGAAGUUGAAGGCAUCCAGUCGGCCGUCUACAAUGCUGGGCCAUUGGGCAAUCAUGCAGGCCUACUAAGUGCUGCCAAGGCCGUUAGCCAGCUGCAGCUGCCCAAAUUGAGCGACGAUGUGGAAGCGCAUGACUUUAGCGGCGCUGAUGAUGGCCACUUGGAGUCACUUGGCGCUGCGGGUGAUCACUUGGACACGCAACAUUUUCCCGCCGAUUAUGGUGGCCAUCAUGGUGCCACAGCCGAGGACUACGAAGAAGCUGAGGGUGCGGCCACUGAGAAUCAUGAAGAUAUUUCAAUACCUAACUUUAGUGAACAUGGAUAUUUGGAGGAUUUGGAUUUCCAUGGCGAUUAUCACGGCGACUUCCAUAGCCAGCCUGUGGUGGGGAUUGAUCACGGCAAAGGCGCUUUCAGCUACAGCACUCUCUACGAACACAAACACGACGAACAAAACGGACUAUUUUAG